UUUAUAAAACGGAAGUAAACUUGCGUACAAUUCUACAAAAGGGAGGUAACUCUAUUUUACUGCCAGCAGUGCACGAUAUCAUGACUAAUUUGUUUAUUUAUUCGUAAUCAUUAAAAAGGAUGGCAGCAGACUUACCUACAGAAUUUGAUUUAAUUGUUCUGGGGACAGGUCUCCCAGAGAGUAUUAUUGCAGCAGCAUUUUCAAGAAAUGGAUAUAAAGUUCUUCAUUUAGAUAGAAAUACUUACUACAGCAGUUCCUGGGCAUCUUUCAGUUUAUCCACUCUUGAGGAAUGGGCCAAAUCAUACGAGAGCCGUACUGAUAGCAAACCAGACAGUGACUUUGGUGAUUUGGUGAAAGAAUGUGAGACAGUUGUCAGUAUUCCUACUCAGGCUCAAGAUAUCUCCAGUAUCAAAACACAAUAUCAUGUCAGGGAAACUUCAUCAUUAGUAUUAGAAAAUGUUGCUCAAGAACACAUUCCAGAUAGUACUUCACCAGCACCAGAGAUGCCAAACAUUCAACAUAAGCCAGACGUGGAUGGAGCUGGCGACAGUGUGCCAAAAAAAGAUGAACAGGAACCAUCCUCACAAAAAAUCAGCAAUGCUGAAUCACCUGAAAACAUUCAGAAAGAAAACUCAGGAACCAAGCAGGGCAUAGAUGUAUGUGAUAAUAAUGUAAAGGAUGACCAGUGUGAUGCAACAUCACCUGAUGGUGUUGGGGGUGAUGUUUGUAAAUCUACAGACUCGUCGGUGGGUGGAACCACUGAGGAGAAAUGUGAGCAGACGGCACAAAACGAGUCUUCAGGAGUUACCUACCCUAGUGAAGAGCAGAGAGCGGAAACACAAGAGAAACACACUAGUAAUGAAAGAAAAAUAUGGUCAGCAUCCGACAUCAAAAAGGAAUGGAGAAAAUUUAACUUGGAUUUAGCUCCAAAGAUUUUAUACAGCACCAGUAAGACAGUGGACUUGCUGAUUUCCUCGGAUGUGGCCAAGUACUGCGAGUUUCGAACUGUCAGCAGGGUGCUCACGUUUCUCAAUGGACAGCUAGAUAAGGUUCCAUGCUCUCGGGCCGAUGUGUUUAGCAGUAAGAAAGUGUCUGUACUGGAAAAGAGAAUGUUGAUGAAGUUUCUGACAUCUUGUGCUCAAUCUGAUGAACACCCAGAGUUCUAUGAAGAUUUUAAAGAAAAGCCAUUCUGUGAAUUUUUAAAAGCCAAGAAAUUGACUCCCAAUAUUCAUCAUUUUGUGCAACAUUCAAUUGCCAUGGUAACGGAUGAAGUUUCAACAGAAGAGGGAAUGAAGAAGAUGAAAAGAUUCUUGGUAUCCCUUGGUCGCUAUGGAAACACAGCUUUUCUGUUUCCUCUGUAUGGAAGUGGAGAGCUGCCUCAAGCAUUCUGUCGACUUUGUGCUGUGUUUGGCGGAACCUACUGUCUUCAGAUGUCUGCCAGUGCCCUUGUUAUUCAUGAAAACAGAUGCUGUGCUGUGAUCACCACAGAAGGCCAGAGAAUAGAAUGCAAGCAUGUUAUACUUGGACCUACCUACACCCCUAAAGAGUUCAUACACACAGACAGGUCUUCUAUCUCACGCGGCAUUUUGUUGACUGAUAAAUCAAUUCUUCAUGAUGACACUACUGAGCUUUCUCUGCUUUAUUCGAUACCACAAAAAAGUGAUGAUGGUCAUCAGUAUCCUGUCUCUGUGUUAGAGUUACCUCCCUCUUCCAUGGUCUGUCCUAGAGAUAUGAAUGUUAUUCACUUGACUCGACAGGCAACUUCUGGUGCAGAAGCUGAUCUCGCCAGUACAGUAGAUGUUCUCUUCACAAAUGAGGAAGAUACCAGCAAGCCAUCUAUCUUGUGGUCUUUGUACUUCACCCAAAAAGACUUCUCGAACAUUGAGACAACAGAGAAGAAACCAGACAAUGUGUACAUUAUGCCUGGUCCUGGCACCGAGCUGGAUAUGGACUCUGCAGUGGAACAGGCUAGACGUGUUUGGGAAACUGUGUGUCCCGAAGAAGAGUUUCUACCGAAACCUCCGAACCCUGAAGACAUCAUCUAUGUGGAUAACGAGGAGACCAAGGUGGGAGAGGAAGGAACAGGUUGUCUGGAGACGGACGUGGAAAUAGCUGAACAGAAUGUCGCCAAUACUUCCACUGAGACAGGUGACGAACAAAAGUCAGUGGAAGAAGUUAAACAGUCAUGUAGCGUAAGCAGCAGUGAAGACAAGUCACAAGAUACACAGUUUGGUUCUCUUGAUGAGAAGGAAAACAAAGAUACCUCAGAGUCGGAUUUACAGAAGAAUGAUGAAAAAUGAACAUUUUGAAACCUGCUGAUAAUUUUAAAAACACUGGGUGCUAAAUAUGAACACAGUUAAACUUUUUAUACACACAUUGCUGAUACAUGGCCAUUCUAAGGAAGGUUGCAUGUAACGACUUGUAUGAAAUGAUUGAGUUGUAUUGUGAGAAUUACUAACUUGUAGCUACAUUAGUCAAACACUACAAGCUAUGCAGCACAUAGAGAGCACAGGAUGCAAAUGAAUGAGUUAUCAAGAUAGGAAUGUAGGUUUUCUUGCUUAUAUGAUCUUUUUCUUUGUGUUGAUCUCAUAUUGUUGUUUAUAUACAAUGAAACUCCUCCAGACUAGGAGUGGGACGUAGCCCAGGGGUAAAGAGCUCACAUGAUGUGUGGUCUGUCUAGGAUCAAUCCACAUCAGUUAAAACAUUGGCCUAUUUCUCAUUCCAGUACGUACACCACGACUGGUGU